CGCCCACGACGAGCGAGCGAGCGAUCGAUCGAUCGAUUGCGGUUCUCGGUUCGGGCACGGGCUCUUUCAUCAUUGGAGAAUCCGAUCUCUUUGGGAGGUCGACAUGCAAAAUCGGUGGUCACUUCCUGCUCGCCGAAGUCAUGACAGAGCCGCGGAGUGGUUUAAUUCCACCCAGAGUGAUGGGAAUCGUGAUGCGUGCAGCAUCUUGCAUGCAAAACCGUCGACGCACUUCUUAUGAAACUUACUCGUGAUUGCGGGCACGAUAGACAGCGAGGGGAUGUUUUGAAUCACAAACAUGCGCUGUCACUGACUCGUGAAAUUCGUCAUCCUCUUCGAUUUAGAGAAUUUACAGUGUCGAAACUUUCUCAUCUUCGACCUGUGUUAAAUUUUCGGCUUGCCAGCGGGCAGAAGAGGAUAUGGCGAGUCUGGCAAGCUUGUAAUCAGCAUUAGUGGUCACCUGAAGAAGUCCUCUGCUGCCAGGGGUCAGGGUUUGCCGAUGGGGAUGGAAUUUGUUUGCGGAGUCCAGACACAUCGUUCUCGGCAGCCGAUGCCCACAAGACGCAUUGACACAUACCCCCCGUCAUAAAUUAACGAGAUCACAGUCUGGAAGCAAUAAGAAAGGCUCCAUUCUUAAAGAUGGACAAGGUGGUGAAACUCAAGCGUUUUCGUCCAGCGUUUGAACGCGGGACGGUUUCAGAGCAUCAGUUUCUAGAAUUGCAGGCCGAAACCCAUCGACUCAAGAAAGAGAUUGCAAACAGAGACGACCAACACAAAAUGCUUGUGGUGAAGUUACAUAGAGCACAGGAGGCUGCCAAGAAGAAUUUGCGCGCUACAGUGGAGCAGGCUCUUGUGGUUUCAAAAGAUAAGAAUGCGGUUAUGGCAAUGUUUCUGCAGCAGAACAAUGCCGAAGAGAAAAUUCAGGAGCUUGAGUUGAAAUUACGAGAAGGGCACCGAGAUGCUAAAAAAUAUCUUGAACAUAGCAGAGAAUCUAAAGCAGAAGCCGAGAGUCUGAGGAAGAGGUUGGAAGGGACGGUGCGCGCGAGUCGACGAACACGGCCGCCGACACCACUUGAUGUCUCCAGACGAUAUGAGAAGAUGGUGAAGAAACUGAAGAUGCAGCUUAUGAUUUUGCAAGAGGAGAACAAAGAGUUGCGAAACCGGACAAUCGAUCAGCUGACCGAUGGACCUGAUUGCUCAAAAUCUCCCUCAGAUGCUCGUUUGGAAAUUGUAUCACAUGUUGUCAGGCCAACCAGUUCUCAGACGAAGAGAAGUGGACGUCACAAACAACAAGACGACCAAAAUGACCACAUGGCUGAAGCCGGAACGAACGGUGCUUGUAUAGCAGUGAUGCAAUCACCUCCCAAGGUACCAGUUUGUAAGCUUCAAGAGCUGCCUGAGGUACAUUUUGUUGAAGAGGCACCUGCAUCUAUACAAGUCACAGCUCAGCUGAUGAAGACUUCCGAGGACUUGGAAAGGAUGAAAAAAAAAUAUGACAGGACAUGUGAAGAACUUCACCAGCUGAAAUUAAAUCAUAGCAAAUGUUUGCAGAAGCUUCAGGAUACAUACAGUGAGCUGAAUCAGGAAAGAAAACUAAGGCUGGAAUUGGAGAUAGAGAAGAAGCAAAUUAGUGGAGAGCUUAUUGCAGCUGAGCAUCUGAGAUCUAAUCUACAGCAAUUACGUCAUCAGAACCUGCAGUUGGAAAACGAAAAUGCUGAGUUACUCAACGCAGCCUUGAAUGUGCCCCGGACGAACUUUGCAGAGAUAAAAAGUCUCCGAGAACAGCUUGUUGAAGAACUAAAGCAGCGCAAUCUUGCUGUUGCGAAUGUAACUAAGCUCACAACUCAGCUAGAAGAUUGUAAGCGAGAUUUGGCAAGGUUGGCUGUUGUGGAAGCAAACUGGCAGUACCUCAAGACGGAGCUUGAAGUUGCCAACAAGUCCGUUGCAACCGGGAAAUUGCAGAUGGCAGAACUCCAAGUCGCCCACAAACUUCUUCAAAAAAAGGUGAAAGUAUUGGAAUCAAGACAAGCAGAAAUUCCAGAAGAACUUGAAGUGAUUUACGAACCUGAGGAUGAUAGAUGAACCUCUCAAACUUGGUAUCAGUACCUGAAAAUCUCAGAAUCUUUCUGUAAAAUAGCUAUUCAUGCGUCGAAUUCAUCACAGCUUUUUCAGAACUAAACUACAGAAAUGCUGGUGGAUAGACAUGGUUCGAGUGGCGAGCCAUGAGCUUGAAUUGAGCAUGUGGUGAACUUGCAACCGUGGCUUAUUUAAACGCUCCAUCCGGGACCAUAAACUUUGCAAUUCUUUGGCGGUAAAGGAUGUAGAUUGUACAUCAGGCAAGGACGGAUUAGCAAGGUCAAACGUAAAAUAGGUCUGGUAUCAGUUAGUCUGUUUCUAACUGCCAGCCAUGACCUAGGCAGACAUAUGAUUGCGAAUGAGGGAGACCAUCCAUAUGGCAGUGAAAAGUGCACUUUGAGCCUCAUUUGUCGGAGUAAAAGUUUACCUCAUUGAUUGACUUUUACCGAAGUGCAUUACAGCAAUGAGUGUAAAUUGAUCAUAUUUUUUUGGAAAUUUUCAUAACAGGUGUUGUACCAUUGAUCAUUUAUCUAGUUCAACAAGUUCAAUGCACAGAGUUAAGCCUCCCAAUAGUGACGCUCAUUGGUCUAGGGUUUUACCUCAUUAUUGUGAGGUGUCACUCACAAGAGUAAAGUGUCUAACUUUGAGUAUUCCUCCUAACAGUAACAUACAUGGGUGUUAGAGUUGAAUGUCACUAUUGGGAGCUGC